CAAUUGAUUGCAUGGAUUGAAGACCAGAAGAUCAGACACUAUAGGAUUGAAGACCGGCUUAUCCUCAGAGACAUCGACCACAAGGACUGGGACUCAGCCUUUCAUAAGUACUUAUCGGACAUUUCGUGUCCAAUCGGUUCCAACCAAACGGAUCUCGUGUUGGAUUGGAUUCUGACCACUGCCUUAAGAUUUGAAUACAGAGACCAUUUGGAGAAGUACCGCAAACCAGCCGAUGAUUACGAGAGCAGAUCAGUGACGCCAACCAAUCCCAUCGAUGGCCUCGACUUCGACAGCGAUGAGUUCAAAGAUGGUGUCAAUCAAUUGGCACGACUUCUCAAAGUGGCCGCACAUCCCACCAAUCAUUUGUGCACUUUAAGUGCUAUCACUCUUGUCAUCAAAAAUCACAUUUCAAUGGAGUCUAACGACAAGAGUGAAGACAAAGUGAAACUCAAGACUAAUAAUAGGGAACUAUUGGACAACAAGUCGAUGCAAUUGAAGACCGGAUCCAAUGACUCGGUUCUCACAAAUAGCGCCAAAAUUCUUAGACUCUUAUAUAUCAAUGAUUUGAGAGAAUUGCAGACAACUGUCAAU